AUGGCUGAGGUGCUGCUGCAGCUGUUAGUGCAGAGUCGGUACCCCUCUACAGGCGUUGCCGGGGCUACGGUGGAUGUCCCAAAUGGCAAGUUUGAGGAGCCAGAGCCCCAGGGUUCGCAGCAGGCCAAGACUGUUUCCUCCUCCGGGCCUCCUCUCCCGCUGCAGGUUCUCGCCGCCAGCGCCACUCUUGGCAGACCCCUGCACCGCUACCUGGCAAACCUGACUCGGUGGAAGCAGCAGCAGCUAGUGCUGCUGCAGGCACGCGAGCCUCCACUAGAAGGCUUCCCCUUCAAUAGAUUCAGCAACGACCCCCAGCCUUCAAGCCUCAAAAGGUGGCAGCCUGUCUCUGGCGCCUUCGCGACUCCGCAGCAACGGAUGAAAGCGGCAUUCGAGCGCCUCGCAGAUAGGGGCCUGCUGGGCCUACCCCGCCUUCCCCGAGACUCUAGCGAGCCCCCACAAGUGGCUCGUCUAGGGCUGGGGAUGGAUUCGCCCCCAAAUGCUUUCAAGGCCGUGCUGCCAAUCAUCAGGUCAGCAGAUGCCGGCUCGAUGUCUCCGAAGGGCCGUGUGGGGAUCUCUUCGUCUGUUGCUCCGCAGCAGUCCCCUCUUUCUGUGGGUACUCCAGGGGAUGCCUUUGGGCAGCCCCCUCUUUCUGUGGGUACUCCCGGGGAUGCCUUUGGGCAUACUGCUACUCAUUGCCGUCGGCGGGGACAGACUAUUCCUUCCUGCAUAUCGCACGCCCUAUUCCCCGUCCCCGAUAACUCUGCGGAGACUCUUGCAGCUGCUGCUGCUGAUGUCUGUAGCCGACUCCGGCCCCGCCGAGCCUUGCUGCUGCUGCAGGACGGGUCAUCGCUGCGAACACUCCAGCUGUACAUGAAUGCUCAAGGCCACAAGGCAGAGGUGCUGAUCCUGCUCGGUCGGGUGAAGAAUGUCAAGGACUACAUACACCUAGCGGGUCGCGUUGGCCGCUGUGGCCAGGACGGCCUCUCCGUGGCGAUCUCGGACGAUGCUACCCAACGGCAAGCUAUACUUCCUUCUACAUACACUGCAGCGCCCCAGAAGGACAGCAUUUGUUUGUGGCUAGACAAAAGCCUCUCCGUUCCUCAUGCUUCCCAGUUGUUCUCUGGCUUCUGUUCUUGCCCCUGGAUUGUCUCUCAACCCAAUCUGCUUUAUCAUGUAGUGUCUCUUUUCGUUCGCUAA